AUGAGUCUUCAUCUGGCCAUCAUCUGUCGUAGACUGUGCACCAAGGUUCCUCCUAACUCACCCGCUGAAAGUCUUUGCUAUGAGACGGAACAAAGGUGUCGGGAAGUUCUGAGCAGAACGGUGCUACCAGACAAAGCAUCGGCAGGAGUUCUGGUGACGUUAUGUACUUUCCACGGGGCCCCCGCCUUUCUCUACACCCUGCGCUCCUCCAAGCUGAAAGGGAGGCACAAAGGAGACAUCAGUUUCCCAGGAGGGAAGUUUGACGCAUCUGAUAAGGACAUCAUAGACACGGCUCUGAGGGAGGCAAGAGAAGAACUUGGUGUGCCAGUGGUUCGUAGUAUGGUUUGGGGUCCUAUGAAGCCAAUCACUGAUUGGGUAAGAAAAAGAACUUCAGUAUACUAG